ACAUGAAGUACCUACCAGGCCAAGUCGCAUGGCAACGUACUGAGCUUGCAUUAUUUCGCUAUUUCCAAAGGUUUCCUCUUUAGUUAUGAAGCUACUAAAGAAGAAGUAGAAAAGGAAAAGCACAUCAGAAUGUAAAAGCACGAGCUUCUAUUGGUGUCAUGGCCAAUAAAUUAAAUCCAUGUCACAGUCAAGGAGACGAGGACUACAAAGAUGUACCGAGUGAAGACGAGAGUGGAAUAUUGUUCUAUGUGAACAAAGAUGGUUUUCCUAUUAAUAAGAAAACUUGGGAAAGAAUGUGGCGUCAUGUGGAGAAAACACAUCCAAAUGGAGCACAAGUUGUGCACAGUGUGCGUAAAAGUGAACACUUAGCAAAGGUGCCAUAUGUAGCUGUACCUGUGUUUACAUCAGUCAUGUCAGUGGAAGAGAAGCUUGGAUUGAUUCAAAACUACCUGCAGCAACUGCAAUAUAAUCAUACAGGGACUCAGUUUUUUGAGAUUAAGAAGUGGAGACCAUUGACAGGGUUGAUGGAUACAGCAAGGGAAAUUAUAAAAGAGUCCUUACCAAUCAAAUGCCUUGAGGCUGUUAUUGUAGGAUUGUACUUUACAUGUGGUAUGACUGAGAUGCAGCGCUUUACUAUUAGUUUUAAAACACAGUUCAAUGGACGCUACUACAGGCAUGUGGUGCUUGGAGUACACAACAAUGGCAAAUUUGGGACAUUGGGAUUAAGCAGAAGAGAUGACCUUAUGUUUAAGCCUUUGAAAUUUAAAAGUCUCUUGGAUUUACUUGAUGACUUCACAAGGUCAUAUAACAAUUAUCUUCAUACUGUAAAGAAAAUAAAACUUAGCCUUCCUGUAGUUCAUGAUAUUCACAGCUGUGAGAGAAUUCAGUGGAAGUACCUGACUUUGAGUCCUCUGAAGGCAAGUCAACCUGAAAUGAAGAGCAUCUUGGAUAGAUUCACCCGUGAGAUCAAAGUAUCGUUUCAUUUCUAUCAGAUCAGUUCUCCAAGGAAGCCUGACGUCUCCAGCUCGCUGACUCAAACAGAGAAAGCAAAAACUUCAGCGCAACUUUCACCGCGGAAGGACAGACACAAGCCAUGCAGUCCUUCGCGAACGUAUCAUGUCAGAGUAUGACGUUAUGUUGAAGUGACAUUUGUCAAUCGUUCCCACUUUAUACUGGCAUACCGCUGGUAACUUAUGACGCAGCGUAGAACAGUCACAUGGCUCAACAGUAAAACCAACUGAAGAAGAUUCCCGUCAGAGAGCUGUUCCCAGAGGACUGGGCACGUUUUAAAGUCGUUCAUACCGUCAUUGAAGUGAAAAGGAUGAGACGCCUGUGUUGUAUUUUGGACAUUUCGUCAGAGAGUGAAGUUCAUCACUCGUUUUCUAAAACAAGCAAACAUCCAUUUUCUAGUCAACUCUUCAUGUCAACUCUUCUAGUCAACUCUUGAGUGCAAAUGACAGUUUUUUAAUAAAUAAACUCUCAAUCUAUUACAAGAAUUGUCUCAAUCAUACGUAGAUACUCUUAUUCCUCUUUUUAGGAGAAAUUCUCUCACGGAAACAAUUAAAAUAUCGAAAACUGCAAGCUUUCCUUCCUAGCCGUAUCUUGGAUCAGUCAUUUUGGUCAUUAACACUCACGCAAAUUAUCUUGACUUUUCCGCUGUCUUCGUCCUUUGUAAAGGUGAAAAUUUUAAAUUUCUGUUAUUAUUUUAAACGUGUCAGGUGUAACGAAUGUAACCUGGGACAGCGUACCAGAUGUAUGUGAAUAUUCAGGGCCUACCUUGACGAACAACUCAGAUUCAGUAGAGCAAGUUUUACGGACUGAAAUGUUUCCG